AGUCGGAAGCGUUGUCGCACUUUACGGCAGGCAGUGUGUGGCUGUCCCGGCUGAGGCGAUUGCACGUGCGAGUUUCUUUACCGGGAAGGGAAAAUACGGGGGAAAGUAGACAGUGUUGCUGGUCUCUGUGGUUCCUAAAUGGCGGGUGAGGAGGAUCUGGCGACGAUCGAGCCUGACCUGAGUGAUGCAGAGGAUGAGGAGGAUGAACUGGCUGCAAAGAAGCACCGGCAGCUUGUGGAUGCACUCAGCAACUUGACUGGAGGAAAGCGGCAGCGAGCAGCUGAGCGUACUGAGGCGAGCAAAUAUGUCUCGGAAUAUGAUGUGGGUGGUGGAGGUGCUGGUGAGAAAGUGGUGCUCUCAGAGCUGCUGCAGCCUGUUUCCACCUCGUCGGCUCUUGGCUCUGUUCGGAGACAGCUGAACAAGGUCCGGCAGACCAAGGCGGUCCAACUCCCACUGAGCAAGGAGGAGAGUGAACAGGUGGUGAGAGAAGCUGCAUAUACUCAGACAUCCCAAGCCCUGGCUAAGUGGGAUCCAGUGGUGCAGCAAAACCGGAAUGCUGAGCAGCUGGUCUUUCCACUGCAGCAGGAUUGUGUGACCGUUGCACCCAUUGAGGAAGUGAUGGGCAAUUGGAAGCCCCGGACACCACUGGAGGAAGAGAUCUUCAGUCUUCUCCACAAAACACGGCAGCCGGUGAGGGAUCCACUUCUGACUCCCUAUGAGAAGGCCUCACUGCAGGCCAUGAGCCUGGAAGAGGCUCAGCUGCGCCGGAUGGAGCUCCAGAAGGCUCGGGCCUUGCAGUCCUACUAUGAAGCCAAAGCACGCCGUGAGCGGAAAAUCAAGAGCAAAAAGUACCACAAAGUGCUUAGGAAAGGCAAAAGCCGUAAGGUGCUGCAGGAGUUUGAGAUGCUGCGGAAGAGCAACCCUGAGGCAGCCCUGGAGCAGCUGGAGAAGAUGGAGAGAGCCCGUAUUGAGGAGAGAAUGAGUUUGAAACACCAGAACAAGGGCCGAUGGGCCAAAUCUACAGUCAUCAUGGCAAAGUAUGACCUAGAGGCUAGGCGGGCCAUGCAAGAACAGCUGGCCCGAAACAAAGAACUGACGCAGAAAGCACGCCCAGCAUCAGACGAUGAGGAAGAGGGCAAGGACGCCGAAGCAGAGGGGGCCCUUGUCCCCGAUGUUAUCAAUGAGGGCCAUGUUGGAAUGGAUCCAGACAACCCGUGGAUGUUGGGCAAGCCCUCUGCAGAGUCAAAGGAAGAGCCUCGAGCUCCAGAGGAUGACAUGGAGGAGGAGGAGGAGGAGGAGGAGGAACUGGCUGUGUCCAGCGAGGAAGCUUUGUUGCAAGAUUUUGCUCAACGCCGGCAGGGCCUGCAUCAUUUACAAGCCACAGGUCCUGGUGGACAAGAGGCUGCCCUCACGUUGCCCGAUGUGCUCCCACCGGCGCCCCCAAGCCCUGUGCCAGAGGGGCACCUCUUGAGCGAGAAGUUAGAGCGGCUUCGGACCUUAGAGGACAUGGAGUCCCUGGAGCCAGAGGAAGUUGCACAGAGACCUGAGCCGGUGCGAUCAGGGGAUGCUAAACCUCUGCAGCCAAUGGAGGUGGAGCUGUCGUCUCAGCCCAAGGGAGGCAGAGCCCCAGCUGCCAAAAACAAAACGACAGGCAAGCGCCAAGCACUCAUUGAUCUGAAGGCAGUCCUGGCCGAGGCAUCCACUCCCACACAAUGUCCGCUUGUGCCCAAGGCAGUACAGGAUGAGCUGGAGUCGGCCGCAGACCAGCGGCAGGUGAUCCGUGAGGCCUUUGCCAGCGACAACGUUGUGGCAGACUUCAUGAAAGAGAAGCGUCGUGCGGAACAGGACAGCAAACCAAAAGUAGUUGACCUCGUGCUCCCAGGUUGGGGUGAAUGGGGUGGCACUGGCCUACGGCCUAGCGCCAAGAAGCGGAAGAGGUUUCUUAUCAAACCAGCCCCCGGACCCCCGAGAAGAGACCAACAUCUGCCCCAUGUGAUCCUUAGUGAAAAGCGAAAUAUUUCAGCUGCCGCUCAUCAGGUGAACCAGUUGCCGUUCCCCUUCGAAAGCAGGCAGCAGUUUGAACGCAGCAUCCAAACUCCCGUGGGCUCCACCUGGAACACCCAACGUGCUUUUCAGCGGCUGACAGCCCCCCGUGUCGUCACCCUGCCUGGUCACAUCAUCCCCCCCAUCAGUGCUGAGGAUGCCAACCUGACCCGUCAGACAGAUAAGGUGAAAGCAGUGGGACAGAAACCUGCCUUGGAUUUCGUGUCUCCUCCCAAGCAUCGCAACCGCCACAGUGCCUCAAAGAAGAAAGCCCAGAAGCACAGUGCCUCAAAGAAGAAAGCCCAGAAGCGCUGAGUGCCCCCCCCCCCACCUCAGCCCCUUUCUCUUCUUUUGGUUCCUCCUUUCUGCGGAUC